AUGGAUAUAGAAGACUGUAAUGGACGAUCUUACAUAUCUGGUAGUGGGGAUUCCUCUCUGGAGAAGGAGUUCAGCUCGGCGAUCGUGGGACCCACGGUGAGCACACCCAACAGCCAGCACUCCUCCCCGAGCCGCUCUCUCAGUGCAAACUCUAUCAAGGUGGAGAUGUACAGCGAUGAGGAAGCCAGCCGGCUGCUGUCACAGGAUGAGCGGAUGCUGGAGAAGGAGGACAGCGUGAUCGUGGAGGACUCGCUCUCGGAGCCCCUGGGCUACUGCGACGGGACGGGCCAGGAGCCGCACUCCCCCGGGGGCAUUCGGUUGCCCAACGGCAAGCUGAAAUGUGACAUCUGCGGGAUGGUGUGCAUCGGCCCCAACGUGCUGAUGGUGCACAAGCGCAGCCACACCGGAGAAAGGCCGUUCCACUGCAACCAGUGCGGCGCCUCUUUCACCCAGAAGGGAAACCUCCUGCGUCACAUCAAACUGCACUCCGGCGAGAAGCCCUUCAAAUGUCCCUUCUGCAACUACGCCUGCCGCAGGAGGGAUGCGCUCACCGGCCACCUGCGAACGCACUCCGUCUCCUCCCCCACCGUCGGCAAGCCCUACAAGUGCAACUACUGCGGCCGGAGCUACAAGCAGCAGAGCACGCUGGAGGAGCACAAGGAGCGGUGCCACAACUACCUGCAGAGUCUGAACACUGAACCGCAGUCGCUGGCCGGCCAGCAAGGUGACGAGAUGCGAGACCUGGAGAUAGUGCCGGACUCUCUGCUU